GCAGCUGUAUCUGCUUUUGAAGAUAUGUUACAUGGAACUACAUUUUUACCUAUCAUUGGAGAUGAAUCAGUUAAUGAUAAUGAUAAAAUUGAAAAAAUUGUAUUCGUAUCAGGAAAACUUUAUUAUGACUUAAUUAAAGAAAGACAAAAUAAAAAAAUCGAAGAUAAAGAAUUAUGCCCAUUUCCAAAAUCCGAUGUUGAGAAUGAAUUAAAAAAAUAUACAAAUGCUAAAGCAGAAUUUAUUUGGUGCCAAGAAGAACCACAAAAUAGUGGUGCAUAUACAUUUAUUGAACCUAGAUUAAAACAAUUAUUGCCUUCUAAGCAAGAGUUAAAGUAUAUAGGAAGACCACCAAGUGCUGCACCAGCAGUUGGUAUUUCAAAAUGGCAUAUUGCAGAAAUUCAACAUAUUUUAAAAAAU